UCGUGAUAUAUAACAUUUGUAAUGACGUCACAGGGAUUUUCCCGAACGGAAUUCAUUGAUGAGUCAUAUAAAUAAACGUUCAUCUCGGAAUACUCACAGCACGAACGGCUUUGACAUUCAGCUAACAGAAACACCGAAUUCUUGAUUGUGUUUUGGAUAAAUUAUUCGGGGGUAAAUCAACACAGAUGAGAGAAUUGAAGUGUUUGAAUUAUCGUUAAUUUUCCAAGAUGGCGGAUUCUAAAAAGCCGCCUGGUGUUGGCCAAGGCUCUGAAGAUACUAGCAAAAGUUCCACUAAACCAGAAAUUGGAAGUCCAGGAUCUCGUGCAUUCCAACGAAGGCGGUUACCAGACAAUGUUAGAAACCGCCUGCAGUUGAAUUUCCAAUCCUCCAAUUCAGGAAGUAAUAAUGGAACAUCACCAAGUCUCAAGGAACUGGGGAUCAGAACAACCAUUGAGCGCUUACGAUCUCAGGGUGGUUUGGAAUCUGCAGGAAAACUCAAAGUGAAUAAUACGGAGUACAACUUCACUGCCGAUGAUAUGAGAGACCUUGGUGAGAUAGGCAGAGGAAAUUAUGGAACUGUGAAUAAAAUGCUUCAUGAAAAGAGCAACACAAUCAUGUCUGUGAAGCGUAUUCGGUCUGUUGUGGAUGAGAGAGAACAGAGACAGAUGCUGAUGGAGCUUGAUGCAGUGAUGAGAAGCAAUGAGUGCCCAUAUAUAGUGCAAUUCUACGGCGCACUUUUCAAGGAGGUAUCCUUUGCUAAUUGUGGAGAUUGCUGGAUAUGCAUGGAGCUUAUGGAUAUUUCUUUAGAUAAAUUUUACAAAUUCACUUAUGGACAUUUAUCUUCACCAAUACCAGAAGAAAUAUUAGGAAAAAUAACUGUAGCAACUGUAAAGGCAUUAAAUUAUUUAAAAGAAAAGUUAAAGAUUAUACACAGAGAUGUGAAGCCCUCCAAUAUUUUGUUGGAUCGCAAGGGGAACAUAAAGCUCUGUGAUUUCGGCAUCAGUGGUCAGCUAGUGGAUUCCAUUGCCAAAAGUCGGGACGCUGGUUGCAGACCCUACAUGGCACCCGAACGUAUAGACCCCCAUCACUCAAGUCGAGGUUAUGAUGUUAGAUCUGAUAUAUGGAGUUUAGGAAUAACUCUGAUGGAAUUAGCUACAGGCCAUUUUCCAUACCCAAAGUGGAACAGUGUGUUUGAUCAACUUACGCAAGUUGUGCAGGGACCAGCCCCUAAGCUCAAUCCUUCCGAGGGACGAUUCUCUGAAGAUUUCACAAACUUCCUCAACACAUGUUUAACAAAAGAUGAAAAGCAAAGACCUAAGUAUAACAAAUUGCUGGAGCACACUUUCAUCAAACAUUAUGAGGAAAUUGAGGUGGAUACAGCAACCUACUUCAAUAGUGUACUUGACCAGGUGAAAGACUCCUCUCAAUUAGAACAAUCCCAGUCGUCAUAACAAUGUCUUCUCUUCUAGCUACAAAACCCUGGUAAACAAGCAGUUGUGAAAUAGGCUGUGGACAAACAUAGAUCUGGGCUGAUAGGUCUUGAAUGGAACUGACUGUGAAUAAGAGAUUAUUUAGUGCUUGAACCUGUAAAUAGUUGAAAGAAAAUCACAACUGACAGGAUUAAUACAAGUUGUUCUUUUGUAGAAUGACAUGAUUUAUUAAACUAUGUAUCUCCUUUUUGGAUUAGUGACUUGAUUUCAUAUUCCUGCUUUUUCAUUGAUAACAAGAUAAGUCUAAUAAUAAAAAUGUCAAAUAUGCAAUUGUUAGGUCUCUCAAGACUUUCAGUCAAGAAGUAAUAUACACUGUAUAUGGCAAAAGUGAUUGUGUUAAUAUAAAUGUUUUCAGCUUAAAAACAAUGAUUUUUUAAAACUUUUGUCUGCAUUGUUGAAAUUGUGCAUUCAUAUACAGUCAUUGUUCAUUUUACCAAUAAGUCAUAAGUGCUAAAUAUUGUAAUGGAUUGUUAACUUGCAGAUCUUUGUUGUCUUAUGCCAAUAGAUAUUAUGUUAUGCUAUAUAGAUUGGUCUUCAAAGUUGGAAUUGUUGUUUAUGCAAGUAAACCAGUUCACUGAAGUGGUUGUGGAAAAAGUAAUUAUUGUAGUUGGAAAAACUUGAUUGUUAUUGUGUAGAUUUGUAAUGAGAUGAGCAGUUUUUAUUUAUUUCUUGUGUUACCAUGAUGUGUUACAUGGUAAAGUUGCUUUUCUGUAUCACACAUGUAGCCUGUGAUAUUUUGUUUUUGUUUGUGCAUAAUUCAAAGUGCAUGCACAAUUGGACAUCUGUAAGUUUGAUAUUCCAUAAUGGAAUGAAGAUAUGGAAUCAAAUUGAAAUUGAUUACCUGAUACCAUCGUUCAUCACUUCAUUGAGAGACUGCAAUUAAACCAGUUUGAUACCACAAGUUUGUACCUAGUGGGUAUAUUUGCAGUGUCAUUGGUUUGUACCCAGUGGUUAUAUUUGCAGUUUCAUUGGUUUGUACCCAGUGGUUAUAUUUGCAGUGUCAUUGGUUUGUACCCAGUGGUUAUCAUUGGUUUGUACCCAGUGGGUAUAUUGCAGUGUCAUUGAUUUGUACCCAGCAGGUAUGUUUGCAGUGACAUUGGUUUGUACCUAGUAGGUAUAUCUGCAGUGUCAUUGGUUUGUACCCAGUGGGUUUAUUUGCAUUCGCUGGUUUUAGUGAGUAUAUUUGCAGUGUCAUUGGUUUUUACCCAGUGGGUAUAUUUGCAGUGUCAUUGGUUUGUACCCAGUGGGCAUAUUUGCAGUGUCAUUGGUUUGUACCCAAUGGGUAUAUUUGCAGUGUCAUUGGUUUGUACCCAGUGGGUAUAUUUGCAGUGUCAUUGGUUUGUACCCAGUGGGCAUAUUGCAGUGUCAUUGGUUUGUACCCGGUGGUUAUAUUGCAGUGUCAUUGGUUUGUACCCAGUGGUUAUAUUUUCAGUGUCAUUGGCUUGUACCCAGUGGGUAUAUUUGCAGUAUCAUUGGUUUGUACCCAUCGGGUUUAUUUGCAUUGUCUUGGUUUGUACACAGUGGUUAUAUUAAUUUACAGUGUCAAAUUAAGAGAUGUGCAAUUUCACAUUUUAUUUUUAGAAUGUGGUUUAAUUUAAGCCAAAAGUUCUUUUACCUAUCUUUACCUUAAUCAAAUACUAAUACUAAUAAAAUUUGCUAUUUUAACGCAGUAUGUCAUUGUUGAAUAUGAAACUUGUUACUUCCUGACUUGCAUUUUAGCAAAGAUUUUAAUUUGCAUGAAUCAGGGACGUUCCGGUAGCCUUACUUCAACUGACUCCACACACUUGUGACUUCAGGGUCUCUCCAAUAUUUCUCAGCCAUCUAGAUUAAGAAAUAUGUCUUAAGUUUCUUCCUCACCAACAGCAGUGUUUGCAUAUUCAAGCUUGCAUCUCAUUGAAAGUUGGGUUAGUGACACGUGUUUUUGUCCCUUGCUCUUUUUGUUAUGUGAACAAACAAUUGCGUUAAUAUAUUCUGGUAGAAAAUUUAUCAAUUUUCUGCUUGCUUAGCAAAUGUUGAUAAAAAAAAUAUUCUCAUUCUGUUUCACAAUGGACUGCCCUAAAAUACUGAUUCAAUACACAAAUUAAUCCCCAGAAAAGUAAAAUUUUUGACAAGCAUGUAAACACAAUUACAAACACUGCAAUCAUUUUUAUAAGACAUGGCCAUGGUGCAAGUUUUACAGUUCAGUACAUUUAUUACCUGUCAAACAUUCAAAUAAGAUUAUGCAGCCUUCUGUAUUAGACAAUCAACUACUGUGCUAGUGAUCACGAUGCAUUAACUUGUGUCUUGUAAAGCUUCCAUUAUGCUCAACAGUGAGUCCUCAAUCUGUGUUAGCCCUCUGGUCACAAGUGUGGGAUGUUCCAUUGACCAUUCCAGUGUUAACUGCUAUGCUAGAUGUUGUACCAUAGUACAUGUUCACUGUUAUGUCCUUGUACACAUGAUUAUGUUGAUUUGUAGCAAAACAUGUGUAAGUUUUUAAUUUCUGCAUUGAAUGCUAAUUUGGUAAGCAUCUUUAUCUACAAAAUAUUUUGCAUUAUCAUAAUUAACAUUAAACAAGUACACUCACUUUUGCAAUUAGUUAUAUUUAACUACUUACUCUGUUAUAUAUUUUAAGAUGAUUUUGCAAGUAACUUGGUAGUGGUUUUUACUACUCCAAUAGAAAAUUGUGAUGUCCAUUAGUUUUUUGUACAGCAGAGGAUUUUUACACCUUUUUUCACAAUUAUUUAAAUGCUUGUAAUUUGACAAAUUAAUUAAGAGUACUCAGGGCUCAACAUUAACGGUUGUCCUACUGCCCCUUGCAAGUUAAAGUUGGGUCCGGGCAAGUUACUUUAUAAUCUAGUUGUCGGCCCAGGCAUGUGCAAAAAAGAACAAAGCAUUUAAUUUAGACUUUAAUUAGACUUUAAUUGCUGUAAUCAUUUUGUUAAAUGUGCAAAAAUAAAAAAGGUUUUGUGGUCUAUCAUUUUGAUCUUUAGUACAAAAUAUGAGGUUAACUGUUCAUGUGAUAUUUCAUGUUUGGGCAAAUGGCUUUACGUUCAGGGCAAGUAGAUUUUCUAAGUACUUGCCCGGCAGGGCAAGUUGGUUUUUAGGUUAAUGUUGAGCCCUGGUACUAGACUUACUUUCAAGUUACAACAGUAAUGUGUUCUUAUUUUUCAUAUUUAUCUGUACAUUAAUAUUCUACUGUUGAAUUCAUCAAAUUGUAAAUGUAAUGAAACAACAUGACACUUUUGCAUACCAUAGUACCGGUACAUCUCUAUGAUCUGUGCAAUGUGAAAAUGGGUCGUAUGCCAAAUGUGGCCAGCAUAGCUGCUGCCCAGCCUGCUCAUUUGUGGGAUACUUAUAAGACACGGAAAAACACAGGAUCAUACUUUUAGACUUUAUGAUGCGGCUCUCUGUGUUCUGAAUGGUAUUAUUGCUUCAUUUUCAAAGUUUUUCACUGAAUUGUGGUCAAAGAAAAAGUUGUGUCGUGAUCACAGCACCCUUGAAGAAACAUUGAUUUCUUCUGUGUGUACUAUGCCAAUCUUGUUUGAUACUUGUUGAUGUUUAUAUGAGCGACUGUUUCGUUUCCAACGACUUUGUAUGACAUCAUAAUGUGCAUAUAAAUCAUGGUUUAAAUGCUUCACAAGUUGUAUAUGCCUUUAUAAUAUGAAAUCAAUUAAAUAAAGACAAAUACACAAUA